UUGUCAUUCGUUGUCUAGGUAUGUGAUGAUUGGGCGUUGUAAAACUAAAAAAAUACUAAUAAUGUGUUUUCACUGUAUCAAAAAUAUAGCUUAUUGUUACUUUUAACCGAUACAAAAGAAUCUAGUCUGAAUAUAGUUUUGGAAUAGCUUAAAAUGCUAUAAAGAAUCGCAACAAUAACUAGUGGAAAUACAUUUCAUAAAUUGAUUUCUAAGGAGUUAAAAAAAAACUAGCAAUGCCAGAGCAAAGCAACGAUUACCGUGUUGUUGUGUUUGGUGCUGGAGGUGUAGGAAAAAGUUCUUUAGUGCUACGAUUUGUUAAAGGCACAUUUCGAGAAUCCUACAUACCUACCAUAGAAGAUACUUAUAGACAAGUUAUAAGCAGCAACAAAACAAUUUGUACACUCCAAAUUACUGAUACAACAGGAUCUCACCAGUUUCCAGCUAUGCAAAGAUUAUCCAUAAGUAAGGGUCAUGCAUUCAUUCUUGUAUAUUCAGUCAGCAGUCGACAAUCAUUGGAAGAAUUAAAACCAAUAUGGCAGACAAUAAAAGAAAUCAAAGGUACAGAGUUGCCAAAUAUUCCAGUGAUGCUUGCUGGAAACAAAUGUGACGAGAGUCCUGAAAUACGAGAGGUAUCUGCUGCUGAAGGACAAGCACAGGCACAAACGUGGGGAGUUUCAUUUAUGGAAACUUCUGCUAAAACAAAUCAUAAUGUUACUCAGCUCUUUCAGGAACUUUUGAAUAUGGAAAAGAACAGAAAUGUCUCAUUACAAGUUGAUGGUAAAGGUAAGAAGAAGAAAGAGAAGGUGGUUAAAGAAGGCGGUGAAGCAUCUGCCAGUGGAAGAGAGAAAUGCCUUGUCAUGUAAUGGAAAGAAUUAUUUUUUAUCUCAUUUAUUAUUAAUUUCAAGUAAUAAGCAACAUUGCAUAAUACAUGACAAUAUAAUAACCAUUUUAUGUAAUGAGAUAGUAUAGGUUAGUAAGCUAAAAAUUAUUGGUAUUGAAAAUAUGGUCAGUCCAAGAAUUGAAACUUCUUUUUAAGUCAAUAUGCAGAAAUCAAUAUUUGCUUGCAUAAUAUUAUAUUGUUUUUUUAAAUUUGUUGUCAUUUUUCUUCAAUAUUAUUAUACAAAUGAUUAUCAUUUAAUGAUAGUAGUUGUAUAAUAUGUUACCUCUAUUGGAUAGAUUUCAUAUGUGAAAACAAUGGACAAUCAUAUUAUACAUAUUUUCAGAGAGUUUUGUUGCUUAAGAUCUAAAUUUUUGUUUUCUGCUACAAGAUAUAUUAAAAAAUAGAUUAUAUUACACUGAAAUGAAAGUACACAAAUCCACUGAAAGUUUUUUUUUUAACAGUUAUAGAUUCAAUAAUUGGUUGCAUGUAGUGUUGUUUAUUACUUGUAUGCGAUUAUAAAUAUGCUGUAUUUUUUAUUCUAGUCACAGUAAUUUUUAAAAGGAUUUAUUAUUACAUUGCAUUUAAUUAAGAAAAAAAUAUAUUAUUAUGCCUAUUUAUGUUAAUGGUUCUAUUGUGAUGGAUUAACUCAUCAUCUUCUAAAUUUAUAUUUUGCUAAUAAUAAGAAUUGUUUUAUUUACACUAGUUGCAUAUUACAUAAUAUAAUGACUGAUGUGACACUGAAGGAGUGACAAUUCCAUAUGUUAGUGUGAAAAAUACAACGAAAUCGAGUCUGUAGGACUUAAUGUUAUCAAAUUGUGUGCUGAUUAAUAUAAACAGUCAUGAUGCAUUUUUAUAAGUAUAUUUUGAGUAUGUACCUGAAAUAUUUUUUUUGCAUUUUUGAAGGAUAAUACAUUUAUAUAAUAUUAACAAUGUUUUUUUUUUAGGAGA